GGACACGCAAUUGCCACGUUAUCCCCCUUCAAACCCCACAAUUGGCACUCGCGCUCUUUUCUUUUCUUUGCCAAUCUUUAGCCUCUCUCUCUCUCUCUCUCUCUCUGUAAGCUAUUUGUUUGGGGAGAAAAUUUCUGAAUCUACAAUGGACAAGCACCUACAAGCUAAUGGGGAACCCAUAAAGGAUGAACAUAGGGAAAAGGUUUGCAAGGAAGGUUCUGAGGUCAAGCCAUCUACACUCUUCUCAGAUCGCUUACUCCCUCAUAUACUCAAUAUAUAUGGAUCCAGUGCUACAGCUCGUGAUUUUGAAAUCUAUGCUCCAGAUGCAACCUUUGAAGACCCACUCAUGCGUGCUAAUGGGAUAAAGCAGAUCAAAUCAGCAUUCUAUUCACUCCCCAAGAUCUUUAGUGAAUCAAGAAUCGUGGAAUACAACAUCAAAGAAAAUGAAAUUUCACCAAGCAAGCAAGAGAUACUAAUUGACAACAAGCAAUAUUACAAGUUCUUAGGGAAAGGCAUUGAUAUGAUAUCACUAAUCAAGCUAUAUGUCGAAGAUGGGAAAAUCAUUCGUCAUGAAGAUUGGUGGAACAAGAAACCUCUAUGGAAUAGAGAGACGGUUAAGCUGCCGCUGGUUGGACGAAUAAUUGAAAUGACUCGUAGGGGGUCAAUGCUGGCAACUCAUGCAAUGAUGAGGUUUGGAAAGGAUCCAACCACGUAAAUCGCCUUAUAAAAUUGAGACAGAUUUAUUGAUAUUAUGUUGCUUGAUCUUGGGUGAAUGUAUGUGAGAGUAAGUAUUUGUCUUGGGUGUGUAAAUCAGUUGAACAACUGUCUUUCUGGGCUCAUGCUAGAAUUUGGAGCUCAGGAUUGAUCUUUGUACAGGGUUUCAAUAAAAGCUGAUAGAGUUUGUUUCACGCCAUGACU